CUGAGGCCGAUGGUAAGUCCCUUCUGACGUGCUUCCUCGUCGUACUUUCGUAUUUUGCUUUCUAACCCUUAGUAUUUUUUUGUGAUGCAGGUUUUGUGAUGGAUCGCAUGUCAUUCAUGAAGAGGGCUCAACUCAAAGCGGCCGAGGAGCUGAAGGCCCAACAACCUGGGGCUACCGCUGCGGCCAAGCCGCCGGUACAGCCGAAGAAGAAGAGGCAGGCCGAAGAGGGCCAGAAGAAGUUGACGGAUGUGGGAAUGAAGCCUCCCAAGAAGUCAAAGAGGGCUUCUUCUGCCGGCGAUGCUGGGACGUCGGCUGUUCCUUCUGGGAACGGAGAGGGUUCAAACCCUGAUGCUUUGGUGGACCACCCUUCAGGCCCGUCGUCCACCACUCUUUCCACUGUUCCUGUUCCCGCAACGGCCGCCCGGAAGAAAGGGUCCGGCCGAGAGCUGGUCAGAGGCACCUACAAGCUCGAGGUGGAGUACCCCGUCAAAGGGGGGGCUGUUCAAUGAAAUCGUUGACGGCCACGAGGUGACUUCUCAGGCUAUCCCUGAUGAAGACCAGGCUUAUCUGAAGAAGCUCGGCCACGUGAAGAUGUACGAUGGUGGGAUGGACCACGUCGUCCAAGGUGCCUUCAUGUUGAUGGAGAACAACAGGAGGCAACAAAAAGAGAUUGCUCGUCUGAGGCAAUUCGAGCAGAAGGUUGCCUCAGCCGACGAGGCGAUGGGCAGCUUAGAGAGGCUGCGUCUCGAGGUUGAGGGCCUUAAGAAGAGGGCCGACGAGGCCGACCAGUUGUCCGCUGAGAAGGAGGGGGCUCUCCAGCGCUUGGCCGACGUGGAGCGUGCCCGCGACGAGGCCCUUCAGCGCGCAGAGGAGGCCGAGAAGGGCAAGGCCAGUGCAGAGCUGGCUCUCAGCGCUGCCGAGGAGAAAGCCGCUGAUGCCGCUGUGCAGAAGUUUCUUGAAGUCGGUUGGAAGGACGAAGGCCGGCUUCCAUUCUGUUUUGAGGUCGUGGCGGCCAGACUCGUUGACUGGGUGAACCAAUCCCCCGACGGCCAGGCCUAUUGGGAGAAGGAGAUGAAGGUCUUCUAUGACCUUGGGCAAUACCGGAUGCAACGGUUGUUGUACAGGAGGCUGCAACGGCGUUUCAUGGAUAUCGGUGUGUCCAAAGAGUGGGCCGUCGGCCUCGAGCUGCCUCCGUUAAUGAAGCAUCCUGAGGCAGAGUUGGAGCUUCCGGUGGCCGAGCGGCAGCUCCCUAUUGAGAGCUCAUGUAUCAGCGAUGACUGGGCGUAUGAGCGGAGCAUGUUUGAAGAUACUGCCACGUCGGGUGCCCCUGCCGGUACGUCUGUUGUCCCGGCCGAGGGGGGAGCUGAGGCCGAGAAGGACUCUGAAGCCCCUCCAGAGUUCUGAUCCUUUGUAGUUUUAUCUUUCUUUCAG